UUAGUUUGUAAAACUAUAAUUUUUAUGUAACAAUUGACGAUAAAUUGUUGACGUAAAGAGUAUUCUGCGAACAAGGAAGAUGGCGCGUGUGUAAAGUUCUGUCAGUGGAUCUGUUAGGCGUAAAAGGUUAUGUCAGUUACGAUCGCAAACCGUAUAAAAAGAUUGGUAUUUUCACGUUUAAAGUAAGAACACUGCAAAUAAUUAAAAGUGGUGUAGAUUGAUAUUGUUUGAGAAAAGAAUGGUAAUUGGUGGUUUAUAAAACAAAGCAUAAUGUUUAAAAAUCGAUAAAAAUAUUAUCUUGACACCUUAUCGUUGCUUUGAAGAGGACGUUUGUUUCGUAAAUAGAAAAAUAAUGGAAAAGUAUACAGCGCAUUCAUUCUCCAGGCUCGCCACUUUCGCUUUUCUUCUUUAUUUCGCGAAAGUGUCCAGAGGGUCAAGUGAAUCAGUGCGGCAAAGUAUUAUAGAUGUUAUGAGAACUGAUUCAGAACUACCCAAAAUGCCACUAUUUUUUAAUGAGAGCAGUAUUUUAAAAAGCUGCUUCGAUGUAAAAUAUCCUGAAGAAAAUGUGGCACCAAAUAUUAUAUCUACAAAUACUUUGUUGUGUCUUACAUUUUAUGACACAUGGUACAAAGUUUGUCAUUUUAAUCAGAUAGAAAUAUUAUCGUAUAAUUCGAGUACGUUUGAUUCCGUUCUUCAGAAAUUUAUUCCUGGACCAGACGAUACUGAUAAAACUAAAUUUUGUAAUAAUCUUGGCGGCUUAACUAUUUCAUAUGAGAAAUUAAAGCCAUUGUUAUCUAAACUUUUAGAAUUCAAUAAACCUUAUGUAUGUUUCCCUAUUUGCUUUGAUACAGAAGGACAUUUUAAUCCACUCUGUGCAAUCGUAGCUUGGAGUAAAAGCAUUAAUGAUAAUGCAAAAAAAUUAAACACUGUUAAAAAAAUGCCUCCGCACGAUGAUGUAUUAAAAGAUGCACACAGCGAAGCAAAAAAACAGAAAUCAAUCAAGGUUUCGACAUUUAACUCAGAUAUAGCAAAAACAACCAGGAUUAACAAUAAUAGCGAAAUGGUUAAAACUGUUCCUUCAAAUAAUGAUAAUCAUAAUGAUAAUCAUAAUGAUAACUUACAAAAUGUGUUAAAUUCGCCAGAUACGGUAAACUCACAAAAUAAAUCUGGAAAUUUAACAUCUAAACCACAAGAGGUGGCAGCAUCAUUGCCAUUAUUGAAAUUAAAGUCAACAUCAACAUUAAAUGUUAAAAAUACUUCUUUGAUAUCAAAGAUUGACAGUAUGGAUAUCAAGGAUCAGAAGACCAAAGGUAAAUCCAUUCCCCCUGAAUUGAAUCACAAGGAAAAGGUGUCAGACAUGCAAACAGUUAAUACUCCUGAGGAUUUUGAAGCACCAAAGAAUCUUGGUACAAGUAAUAAUGAACAUGAAGAAAGCACAAAAGAUGUUAACGAUGAUGACAAACCACCAGGAAAGAUACAGGAAGAAUACGAGUGGAAUCCUGUGAAUAAUGGUAAAUUGCCUUUUGAAGGAACCGAUAGCCUUGAUCAGUCUAAUGAACCAGGUGAUCAAAAUCAACAUGUAGCUGAACCUUUUGAACAAAGAGAUACAAUAUCGCAUCGUAUUAUAAGGCCUGACGAAGAAUCCCACAUUUUUACUUACUUUACCGUGAUUACUCUGAUUUCCAUAGCUGCAUAUAUUGGCUAUCAUAAUAAACAAAAGAUAUUAGCUAUUGUAUUAGAAGGACGAAGAUCACGAAAUAGCCGUGAUAGACGGCGUCCAAGCACAGUUAAUUAUCGUAAACUAGAUUAUACACUAGAAGAAGCGGUUACAUCACAGUGUAAUACAAAUUUUACCCCUGUCAUAUAUUAAUGCAUGUAAUGUAUCAGAUACUUUAAAACAACGGUAUAAUAGCACUCCACGUGUAACAUUUUGUAUUCAAGUAUAUUUCCAGUAUAAUAUGAUUUUAUUUUUAACAAGCUGAUCGUUUGUUAGUGUUCCAUUAAUCGUUACCGUAUUAGAAUUGAUCAUCAGCAAAUAAUAUAAUACUUGAUAUUAGUUUAAAAUAGUAAAAUGUUUCACUAUUUCUUAAUUUGUGUUUAGUGGAGGAGGUGUGCGGAUAGCUUGAAACUCGUGUUCGAACUGUCAAAAGUGUGAUGGAUCUAGACAGAGUUCGAUAAAUCUCGAGCAGCCAAACUAUUUUGGGGCGAUUUGGUCCAAUUCGGCCUGAGAUGUAUCGGGUUCUGCCCCGAUUCACUGAUUUCGUAAAAGCACGAACCAGAAUUUUGAGCAACCCGGACACCCUAGUGAUCUUAUCAUUUCAAAACGAAUUUUUGAUAUUAACAAUAGCAAUUUUUCAUUUUAGUUCAUUAUUCGUCAAUAUACAAUACAGCAUGUUCUUAUUAAGGAUGGUAUAAAAUAAUUUAUAUUCUUUUGUUUGUGCUGAAGACAGGUUUGUUUGCUACAGUAUUAAUACGUUCGUUGCGGUACGGAACAUGUUUGUAUGCCCCGUAUUGCAGACUGUUCCAUGCGUAUCAUACUUUAUUGAAUCUUCGUUGCAUGAUAAUAGGAUCUCUCAUACCGGUAGUUAUGAAAAUUUAGAACGAGCUGUACCUGAUCUAUGUCGAGAAAUGUGAAAGUUAAGAAAAAAGGUACCGUAAUGAACGUGUUAAAAUUUAAUUGUAGUCGAGAAACAGACUAAUAUACGUUUUAUUUAUCAUUUUAUUAUAUGGGCAAAAUUAAUGUGUACUUAAUCAAUCGCUAUUUUUCAUAAACAGUUGUACAUAUAUAAGUUUGUACUUGUUCAUAUUUCUGAAUUAAAAAGUCAGAAAUAUUUUUUUAUAAUUAUUUAAUUUUUGUUGGUUUAAAAUUAGGAUCUAUUUUAUUAACACUUUUAUAUUUUAUAUGUAUGUAUUGCAUUCUAAAAUUUUCCUCACAUUUUGGAAUUCUUAUUUGUGUUCAGUGACAUUUAUUACUUCAAAUCUGAAUUAAAUUAUUAUAGGAAGAUCCAUGAUAAAUAAAUAUUGAUAAAUAAAGCGUUAUUCAUGCCGUAUGUAGUUUUUCACAGAAUAAAUAUAGAACACACUUUCGUGUUAUUUCCAUUUUCUAAUUUUUCUAUAAAAGAAUAUAGCAGUAUAAAAUGAGCAAUGCAACAAUUACAUCAUUCAUUGUC